AUGAGCGGGCUUGCAUUGAAACUGGGCACUCUGCUUAUCCGGCAAGUGACCAGGCCGGUGGCAAACGUACUUAAAGCGCAAGCAAAACAACACGAUACAUUCAAGAAGGUCUGCGUGGGGUUAGCGCAGAAGAUGCACCGGGUGGACGCAAGGCUCAGGACCAGAAUGACACCUGGGAACCGGGAGAUUAAGAUUCGCCCCCUCAAUGACGCCCGCGCAGUGGAGAACGGCGCGACGUGGCUGAGUGAGGCGUUCGUGUUUGGAGUCACCGGGAGUGUCGUUGUGUGGGAGACGCUGCGCCAAAGGACCAAGGAGCUGAACCGUCGAGAACAAGUCGCGAACGACAUUAGCUUCCUGCAGAGCGAGAUCGAAAGCCUGCGAGAGAAACUUGACGCGAAAGAGCGCGCGGCGGGCAAGUGA